AUGACACUUCCAGAGUCUCGCGCCUUCAUAACUUCCCUCAUCACAUCUCUGCAAACAGAACCACCAAGCCCAACCACUCCACCAUCCAAUCCUCUAAAACAAGCAACACCAGCGGAUCGAUCAAUCCUCUUGACCCUCCAUGUCUUAUAUCCCAAUGAGCUCCUCUCAGCACUAGAUCUUCUAGACCGAGAACUAGUAGUGCGAUUACUCCCGAUCCCUCAAACCAAGGACCCGCCACCAGCACCUGAGACGGUGGUAGAUGCAACAAAUGUCGAGCAUGGAACAAGCACUGCUCUCAACGAGAUUGUAGAAAACAUCAAGAGAGCAGACAAAGGUUACACCAAUGCUGUCUACUACGUCCGCUCAGCACAACAAACAUCAUCAAAUUCACGCUUCAGGGAUCCAGUGGCAUCGAGUACGCAUCAUGAGGUCAGAACGUCGAGUUGGAGUUGUUCGUGUCCUGCAUUCGCAUUCUCUGCUUUUCCUGCAAACCUGCCGGAAGACGAGGGAGGGGAUCAUGUUGAGCCUGUGACCGAGGGGGAGGAGCAAGAGUGGAUGGUUGGUGGCUUGUCUUUAGGGAAGGAUGUCCCAAUGUGUAAGCAUCUACUCGCUUGCGUGUUGGCUGAGAGAGGAGGGUUGUUUGGAGCAUAUGUCAAGACGAGGGAGGUUAGUGUGGAAGAACUUGCUGGAUGGGCUGCGGGAUGGGGCGGUUAA